AUGGAUAUUAAAUCCCCGAGCAAAAUUUCGAAACCGUGGCAAUACAACACAAGGAAGGUUAACUCAUCACCAGAUGACACUCAACACUGUUUCUGCUACCCUGGCGAUGACCUCCCAGUCAUCCACAAGCUACUGGACCCCAAAAACAAAGGCCAAGAACGACUAGUAAUAUAUCUCUACAGAAGUAUAGAUUCCAACGAAAUCAAAAUGUUCACUCCAAAUUUAGAUAAACAGAUGCUUAUACCUGAUAUACCGUACGAUUCCAAUGAUGUCCUAGUUACAGUGACAAAUGAAAACAUUGAUACGCUAUUUUACAACAAUCCCAACAAAAUAAAAGUGCACAAUGAUUAUUUAGAGACUGUAAAUCCAACUGUAGUAAGCUCCUUACCUAUUGGACUUAAUCAAGGAGAGAUAGAACAUAUAUUCCCUGGUUAUACUGACGACAUAAGCUUAAAUGACAAAGAAAGUAGCAAUGAAUAUGAUAACGAUGAUUACGUCGUACCUCCGUAUAAAAGUUCUGAUAAUGCUAAUUUGGCUCAAGUAGAAGCCCAAACUGUGCCUUUAAAGAGUUUCCCUGAAAAUGAUUUUGAGGCAAAUCAAAACUGGGCCCUCCCAAAUAAAAAUUUGGAUGGUUUUGAAGAAACUUUACAAGGUGUAUUACCGUCAUCUUCAGCUUUCCUGCUACCGCCUGAAGAUAAUAUUCAACAGAAAUUAGUGUAUUCCUUCCAAUAUAAUGACAAUACUGCAACAUCUCAAGAUCAUCUCAGUUUUGACGCAUGGUUCAAGCAACAGAUGAAGAGAUUCCAAAAUCCUCAUUUUCCAAGUGAUCUUAAGAGUAUAGAUAGUGACUUGCUUAAGGUGCUAGUCAUCAAGAUCUUUUCCAAAAAUAAAAUAAACAUCAGUUCUAACGGUGUAAUAACUGGACCAAAUGGAGAAACAAUUGACACGGCAAAUCUGGAACUACGCCCGCUGCUGCUAGGCGAAAAGAUCAGCCUUCAAAUCUUUAAUACCAACCAUAAAAAGAUUAAUCUUUUAAAACGUCUGCCUUUUAUGGAAGGCAUACUUGUGACACUGGUGUCGCCUCCACAAAUAUUAGGCAUAAUACCACUUGAAAAUAUCAGAAUAGAAUCGAUAUCUUCUUUUACAAGUGAUCAGGAUGGUGGUCGUAAAGGAAAGUGGGAAACAGAUAAUAAAGCUCAAGCUAUUCCACUCCCAGAUGAAAGAACGCAAUGGAAUACUGGACUAUAUUAUUCCGCUCCAAAUGUACCAUACCCCAACUGGCAUCCUUUGGUUGAAAUCCAACCUUCAGGGAAAAGGAGGAAGUUCAAUGCAAAGAUUGAGCAUAUAUUUGAACCACCAACUAAAACAAGAAAGAACGCAGUCGAUGGCACACAAACGGCCAUGAAAGAAGCAAAUACAAAAGCAACUAGUACAAUUAAACCGCCGGUCAAUUCAUCUGAACCUAAGAAAAAAUUGUCAGAACCCCUUCUUAAAGGGAUGUUGAAAACUUUAAUGGACCUUCUAAAUGAUACGCCACGAAGGGGUCAACCAAAAUCUAAUACCACGCAUAAUUUUGAUAUAAUAAGUGAUUCUGAGUUGACGAAAUAUGAGGAGGAUGGUCCAGAUUUUAGAAUUAUUGGUGGCAGUGCUGCUACCGGCAGUGGAACUCCUGUCAGUAGUAAGGGCAGGAGUGGUAUAAGAGAAGAGUUUUCAUCAUAA